AGAUCUUAUAUUAUUUACUAUGUAAAUACCAUUGGCCAAUGCUUUUGUUUACCUUCAUAUUCAUCAACGGGUUUAUUGCUGUCUGUUAUUCCUCCCAUGUACCGGCAGCGCUGAAAUAUAUUUUUUCAGUCUAGAAUGAAGACCGUCACGUACAUAAUUUAGCAAACCAAAAAACGGUUUGCGACUUCGGUUCAUUUGCGACACUUUAAUUUCGUGAUUUGGACGCUGGAUGCUUUUGCUAGCUGUUGUACCAUUGUCUUCCAGCAAAACUCGUCAGAUGUGCAUGGUGUACAUACCAUUGGAUAGAAAACCGGUUCAGUGUCCGUACUGCAAGGAAAUCAAGUGACAUGUCUCUGUUAUUUCGCAGUGCUUCUCUGGUUCUCUUGUGGAUCUUGAUUUCCCGGGUUAAACUUUCUUUCGGAUACUUUAACCUGACUAUAUUACACACCAAUGAUUGUUCAGAUCGAAUUGAAGAAUUCAGUGGUUCGGGCAGUACAUGCACCCCAGAGAUCAGGGCGGACGACGGAUGCUUUGGAGGGGUAGCUAGAAGAUCUACGGUACUGAAAGACAUUCGUGAGGGGGGCACCGGUAAUGAAAGCAUCAUUUUAGUGGAUACGGGGGACCAGUUCCAAGGCACGGACUGGUUUUACGUGUACAAGGGAAACAGCACCGCACAUUUUAUGAGCUUAUUAGAAUACGAUGUCAUGGGCUUGUCAAAAAAUGAAUUUCUCAGGGGUGUUCCGGGACUGAUACCGUUUUUAAAUCUAAUCGAUUUUCCCGCCGUAAGCUCUAAUAUUGAUACGUCCAACGAGCCAGCCUUGCAGUCGCUUCUUAGCCGGAGUCGUGUGAUCACUGUAGGGGGUGAGAAAGUGGGAGUGGUAGGAGUAACCAAGCCAGAUACGCCCCAGUUGACACCGACAGGGAACCUCACAUUCCUCCCUGUCAUCGAAUCCGUCCAGGCAGCCGUUGACAAUCUCGUAGACGAUCAGGGCGUCAAUAAGAUCAUCGCACUCAGUGACUCAAGCUUUGAUAUUGAUCAGGAGAUCGCGAGGUCCGUUCGGGGAGUCGACAUUGUCGUCGGCGGCCAUUUCAAUACUUUUCUUUACACAGGUGACCCACCUUACGACGACAACGCCAAGAAAGGCGACUACCCUUUGGUCAUCAACCCGUCUUACAAUGACAGUCUUGAGGUCCUCCUCGUUACCGCCUACCGUUUGGGCAAGUACCUGGGUUAUCUCGAAGUCACGUUCGACGAUGAUGGUGUUGUGACGUCAUAUGCGGGGAAUCCCAUUGUCCUGGAUAAAAACAUAGAGGAAGAUCCUUUGGUGUUAGAACAAGUGGAAACCUACAAAGUCCUAGUGGAUGAAAUCUCAACCACAGUAGUCGGGUCAUCAGAUGUGGAGUUAAGUGGACGCGUCAGUGUGUGCGGUGUCGGUGAAUGCAAUCUGGGGGACAUGCUUUCGGACUCAAUGAGGCUCUUUCACGGGACUGAAAAUGAGGUUCACAUCGCCAUAACCUCCGCCGGGAGUUUUGCUUCAUCGAUAGAACAGGGCAACAUCACUAUCAGUGAUCUGACGCGUACCCUACCGUACGGUGACACAAUUGACAUUCUCUCUCUCACUGGUCGAUCUAUCAUGGACAUUCUGGAACGAUCUGUUGAAGAUUUUGAAAAAUCAACUCCAACUACUGCCUUCCUUCAGCUAUCAGGACUGAAGGUCGAAUUCAACCUUGAUCGUGGAAACGGCGAGCGAGUUGAGAGUGUCGAAUUACUUUGUGACUCUUGUGAUGGAGGAUACACUGACAUCGACGUCGAUGGCGUCUACCUUGUCGCCAUGAAUAGCUACAUUGCAGGGGGUCAAGAGGGAUACACGAUCAUCCUUGAGAGAACUAUCAGUCGGGAGACAGGUAACCUGGACGUAGACGUAGCCGCGGAUUUCUUGAGAGAGAAUUCUCCUUUCAAAAGCAGCCUUCCUCGUAUCGUUUUCAGUGGAUCGAGCAUGCUCAAAGCCCCAAUCCCUUGGGUUUUGUUUCUCCUUUCUUUAUGUAGCUUGAUUGCUUAAUUAAGAUUUUUACGAACAUUGACUGCUUAAUAUCAAAACGAUGUUUCUAUCAAUAUGUUUUUUACAAAAUAUUUACAGUUUUUAGUACAAUCAUCGUCAUAUCGUCAUCAUCAUCAUCAUCAUUGUUAUUAUUGUUAUCAUCAUCAUCAUUAUUCGCUUUUUAAAAGCAAUUAUUUAAGGUGAGAGUAGUUGCAGCAAAUUAUUUCAUGAGAAAGUCUUUAAAAUUAAGGUUAAUCGUCACCGUAUUAUCAUUGAUCUAGUUCUGGUACAUUCAAAUAAAUUUAUCUUAUUUUUGUGAAAACAUAAAAUCUUACGUAAUAACAGAUAACUCUGAUGAUUAACUAACACAAAAAUACAUAUGUGGGACAGUGUAGUAAUAUUGUUUGGAAAAAUGCCCGACAUUUUAUGGAAUUUCUUGCUUACUUUGCUCAUUUAUCAGCACUUACACAUUUUUUUUUCCCAGAGUCACUUGGCACUUAUUUUGUGUUUGCACAUAAACAAACACUUA